GCAAAAAAAAAUCUAGUUUGAACAAAGGAAGGAGUAGUUUGAGUGAGCGUUAGACCUAGAGUCAGAUCCCGUCAUGAACUCCAUGGAGAAUUAAAUCGUCGUUACAAAAACCGUUAUGCCUUCAAACUCGGAACUCUAGAACACACUCAAAGUCACCUGAAAAAACAAAAAGGGAAAAAAAAAAUCUCCUUAAUCUUGUUGAACGCAAUGCAAUGUCAUCAUUUCUUCUUCCCCAGAAAACUGAUCUCUGUUUAUCAUCAAUAUCAUCACCAAAUCCAUUUCUACCUCAACUCAAUCACCAAACCAAAUAUUAGCCCUAACAUUGUAACCAUGUCAAUUUCUUCUUCAUCUUCUAUUCCAGAGGAAGAACUCAAAGAACAACAAAAAUCCCACCUUUUACAAGCGAUACAAUAUCACAACCAAACUAAACAUUUCUUUAAUAAAUAUGCAAGAAGUCUGGGUAGUUUAGAUUGGGCUAAUCAACCUAAUCCUUUUAGAAGGUACAUCGCUGCUCCUUUAGUUCCUCUUCAACAUUUACCUAUUGAUGACAGAAAUUUACUUUUAGGUGAGCAUUUAUAUUCCUCUAUUUUUCAUUCUCUUCUUCCUGCAAAACCUAUGUCUUUUUCUUCUAUUUCUCAGCUUUUUUAUGAUUCUUUAGCUUUAUCUGCUUGGAAAACUACGGGGUUUUCAACUUGGUCUCUUAGGGUCAACCCUAGCAGUGGGAAUUUGCACCCUACUGAGGCGUAUCUUAUUGCUCCUGCAAUUGGGUCUUUGUCAAAUUCAAGUUUUGUAGCACAUUAUGCACCUAAAGAACAUGGAUUAGAGAUUAGAGCUGAAAUUCCAAAUGACUUUUUUGAGAAAAGUUUUAAUCGUGAUUGUUUUCUUGUUGGGUUUUCUUCCAUUUUUUGGAGGGAAUCUUGGAAGUAUGGAGAAAGGGCAUUUAGGUAUUGUAAUCAUGAUGUUGGUCAUGCCAUUGCUGCUGUAGCUAUUGCAGCUGCUGAACUUGGUUGGGAUGUUAAGUUGCUUGAUGGGUUAGGGUUCGAUGAAUUAGAGAAGUUAAUGGGGCUUGAUUCUUACCCUAAAGUGUCGAUACCUAGUCGCCCGGUUAAGGGUAAGUUCCCCGAGAUUGAGUUUGAGCACCCGGAUUGUGUUUUGGCAGUUUUCUUUCACGGGGAAGGAGAAGAGCUUGAUGUUAAUUUCAAGGAAUUGAGCUCAAGGAUAUCGGAAUUUUCGAAGUUAGAGUGGAAAGGGAAGCCUAAUAUGUUGAGUAAAGAGCAUGUCGUUUGGGAUGUGAUUUAUAGGACUUCCGAAGCAGGGAAGAAGCCGCUAUCGGUGGAGGAGAGUUUGAUGAUUAGUCCUUUUCAACGUAGUGGUGUAUGUAGUGAUAGUUCGUAUAAAGGGCUAACAGUGAGGGAGGUAGUUAGGAGGAGGAGAAGUGCAGUGGAUAUGGAUGGAGUUACUGAAAUUCGCAGGGAUUCAUUUUACCAAAUUUUAUUGCAUUGUCUCCCCUCUGGAUUGACGAAUGGAGAAAAGCAAGGGAAACAGUUGGCAUUGCCAUUUAGGGCUCUUUCUUGGGAUAGUGAAGUGCAUGCUGCGUUAUUUGUUCAUAGAGUGUCAGGUUUACCAAAAGGUCUGUAUUUCUUGGUGAGGAACGAAAAUCAUUUUGAUCACCUUAGGAAAUCAAUGAGGCCAGAGUUUACAUGGAGGAAGCCUGAAGGUUGCCCCCCUGACCUUCCUCUUUAUGAACUUGCUCCUGGUGAUUGUAAGGAGAUCUCUAAAAGACUUUCAUGCCAUCAGGAUAUAGCUAGUGAUGGGUGUUUCAGUCUCGGUAUGAUAGCACACUUUGAACCGACGAUAGUGGCUAAGGGUGCAUGGAUGUAUCCUCGCUUGUUCUGGGAGACUGGUGUUUUAGGACAGGUGCUUUAUCUGGAGGCUCUUGCAGUUGGCAUUUCUGCCACUGGAAUCGGUUGUUUUUUUGACGAUCCAGUGCAUGAGGUACUUGGGUUUUCGGGAACAGACUAUCAAAGUCUGUACCAUUUCACAGUUGGAGGCCCAGUCGUUGAUAAACGAAUGAUGAGCUUACCUGCAUAUCCAGGGCCUGAGAUUGAUGCAUAGCAUUAGCUGUUCUUAGUUGCUACUUGCUACUUUGUACAUACUAAAGCAUUUCUCUGAUAAUGCACCCUAGUCCCUAAACAGACUACUUUCUCUGUAUGUUAAUAGUUAACCUUACAUAAGUAUAAAUGCAAGGAGGCUCAGGUAGUAUAAUAUUUUAAACAUAUAUA